CAGCUUUUCAAACGGUGACUCCGCGACUAAAUUCCACAAAAUCAAACCAAAAUGGACGACAAUGAGUACGAUUCCUUGGGAGCCACUGAGAAAGGCCCUAACGAGAAAGUGCCACUGAUUCAACAUGGAACGUCAAGACACAAACCAAGGUGCCCAAUAACAGUGGAACCAGUCAUGUUUCUUUAUUUUCUGGGAACAGUUGCUACAGCGCCACUGGCAACACAAUACCUUCACGCCAAGGUAGCAGACGACCUUCACUUCGACCCCGAGCAGUACCAUAGCAACCAGUCAGAGGACAUCUCCAUCUGCCUUUUGAACGCGUCAGACCCAGUUGUUAAGAUGGAACAACUAGUGCAGGAAAUAUCGUCUGGCUGGCUUCAGAAGUUCGGCCUAGCAACGAUGAUUCCCGCCAUAAUCGUCACGACGUUUUAUGGUUCGUACAGCGAUAAGGGAGGACGGAAAUUCUGUAUUCUGCUUCCCUGUGUCGGCAGUUUCAUCAAAAAUGUGUGCAACAUUAUCGUGGUCACUUUCAAACUGGACAUCUCCUGGCUUGUUAUCACUUGUGUCAUUGAAGGUAUUUUCGGACACUAUGCCACUCUCCUUAUCGGGGGCAUGUCAUACAUUGCUGACAUCACAACAAAGAAGCAACGUGCUUUCAGAAUUCUAGUCUUAGAAGUCAUGUUAUGGCUUGGUUCGGCCAUUUCCCAGGUGAUCAUUGGCUAUUGGAUUAAGGCUGACCCAACUUUUCUUGGACCAACAGUAUUCAUUACAGUAUUAUACGGGGCAUCUGCCCUAUACACGUUUUUUCUAAUCACUGAAACUGUAGAAAAAGAUCCAGAAGCACGCUUCUUCACCCUGGACAACGUCAAGGCAAUGCUUCUGAUGUACGUCAGUGCCCCAAAUGGAGAAGAUCCGUCACGGGUUUGGAAAAUCCGGACUCUGUGCUUCACUAUGCUCUUCGGGACAAUGUCCCUCGUGGCCACGUCGACCGUAGACGUUUUGUACGAACUCAACUUUCCGUUCUGUUGGACGUCUACGAAGAUUGGAUGGUAUACCGCGGCGGUCUCCGUUGCCAAACAGGUGGCUGGGCUGUUGACGCUGCCACUGUUUAAGCGGUGUAAGAUGCCCGAGCCCGUGAUAAUGAUGAUCGGUACGAUGAGCGCUUUACUUUGGAAGGGUAUGGUUGCAUUUGCAAACCAUGACUGGGAAAUGUACGUUGCCGGUGGUCUUGGCGUUCUUGGGAUCCUCCUCGUCCCCAUGCUGCGUGCCGUCAUGUCAAAGCAGGUCUCCGCUCACGAACAAGGCACUUUAUUUGCGAGUAUUGCUUCCAUAGACUGUGCUUGCUCUCUGCUCGGUGGCGUCUUGUUUUCUACCGUAUACGAAUACACUGUGAUGUACUAUCGUGGCGCCGUCUACCUGACAAUGGUUGGCAUGUAUGCAAUAGCUCUAAUUGCUAUAUUGUAUUACUUCAUAAGGUCUGGCAGAGAACAAAAACAGAAUAUGUUGCAGAAAAGUUGUUCCUCCGUGCACAACCAUGAUGACAUGCGUGUUCAGUGACGUCGUUCCCAGAGCCGAAGCAGACAUAACAGACUCCUCUUCAGUGGCGGAUUUAGGGGGUGUCAGGGGGGUCCUGACCCUCCCCCCCUUUAAUUUCCGAUAAAAAAUCACACCAAUAGUCCCCUCUUGAAAUUAGAUUUGAUUUUCGAUUAGCUCAAUUAUAGUUCUAAACCGUGCCAAAUGGCACUGUUCGCCCUCUAAAAUAGCAAAAAAUUUUCGGGGCCCUUCAGCGGGACCCAAACCCAACGCCAAGGGGUGGGAGGGGGUGAGGGUCAUAUAAUCCUGGUACUGCCACUGCUCUCAAGUCACCGCAUUCAAAAGCCAUGGGCAGAUCUGGAGUAGGGCGGGUCGUUUGCCGUGCACGCUCCUCUCGGAAACUAAUUUUCUUCAUCAUCCCUUUACGGCUAGCAGCCUUAACUUCCAAAGUGGGAGAAAAGACGUUCCUAUCACGCUAUGUUUGGGUUAUAUGGUAGACUAGUAUGACAAUGUAGGGUUGUUUUAUGAGGUUUAUAUUUAUGCACCCGGUUUAUUAAUCAUACAUGUGUGGUCAUUUUACGACGCUCGUUUACUAACCAAUCAAGGUGACAGCCGAUCAUGGGUCUAUGUCCUCUUUUGACAAUAAAGUUUCUGAACACAAUUAUAUAGGAAUGAUUCUGUUAUUUCUGUAUGAAACACAGCUACGUGUAACACUAUCAU